AUGGGUUCAGAAAUUGUUAAAAUUUGUGACCUUUCUAAGGCAUCAAAGCGGUGUUCAAUUAAAGUAAGGGUGAUUCGUGUUUGGGAGAAGCCCGCAUUCAAUAAAAAUGAUGUCGUUGAAAAGAUAGAUGCUAUUUUGAUGGAUAAGGAGAAAUCACUUUUGUCUACCUUUUCAUCGAGGUUGAAGGAAGGAAAAUACUUGGAGGUCUCUAAUUUUUCUGUUAGAGACAAUGAUGGUGUAGAUCGAGGAACUAGACAUACUUAUAGAAUUGAUCUAAAUUAUUCGUCCCAUAUUGCUGAGUGUGAGGAUUUACAAAUUGAUUCAUAUGGAUUGGAGUUUGUCACAUUUGAUGACAUACUAUCAGAGAAAUAUUCAAAUGUUUUUUUAAUAGAUUUUAUUGGAGAAGUUAGUGGCUAUAGUUCUAUCCAAGAGAAACCUUCUUCAAAAUUGAUGACCAUUGAUCUUAUAGAUUUAGAGAAUAAGUCUCUUACAUGUGUGUUGUGGGGUAAAUAUGCUGACGAAUUCACUACAUACCUCAAGACUAGGAAGGAUGACGAAAGUAUUAUUGUUGUUGGACAACAAGGAAACAGUAUUACGUAUCAAGGUGAGAUUCGGAUCGCAACUUCUCGCCAUGCAACUCGAUUAUUCAUCAACUCCGAAAUUCCGGCAAUUAUGGAAUUCAACAACAAGAAAAAUGCAAUUGGAGCAAGAACAAUUUCUCCACGACCAAGUGAGAUAUCAACUGAGACUAAUGAGUUUCUAAAAGAGGAUAUCGUAAAAGACAUUAGUGAUUUGAUGCAGUGUGAACAGUUGGUACUACGAGUCAUGCAAAAUUUGUAUAAGGGAGUCAAACGAGAUGGUGAUAAGAUAACUUGCAAAAGGUUCAGAUUGAAGAUAAUAGUUUCUGACAAAACAGAUGAUGCAACUUUUGUUCUAUUCGAAAAAGAGGUGCACAAGUUGUUGGAUAAAUCCGCUUCAGAUUUGUUAGAAAUGCAAGUGAAGAUGUAUUUUCUGGGCAGUUUUUUGUCAGUUUAA